UCUAGCAACAUGGUGUGGGGCGUAACUCGUCGAUCAGCUGAAAUUUGAGCCCCCUCAAACUCCCUGUUAGAUGCGGGUCUCUCAAAUCCUUACAGCUGAAUGAUGACUGAAGGAACGUGUCUCCGAAGACGAGGGGGACCCUACAAGACAGACCCUGCCACAGAUCUCACCCGUUGGCGACUCAGUAAUGUGGAGGGCAGGCAAUGCUGGAAGUACGUGGAAGAUGCGGUGUCCGCGGAGCGGGACAUGAGCUUUGUGGAGGCGCACUCUCUCGGACUAGACACGGGUAAGUUCAUAGGAGACUCCCCUGCAGCCCAAACUGCUGUGGAGGCUGCUGUGAAAGGCAUGGAGUUCUACAGCCACUUGCAGGCAGAGGAUGGUCAUUGGGCCGGGGACUAUGGUGGACCUCUCUUCCUUCUGCCUGGCCUGCUGAUCACGUGUCAUGUGGCCAGCAUCCCCCUCCCUGAUGCCUGGAAGAAAGAGAUGGUGCGCUACCUGCGCUCAGUGCAGCUUCCUGAUGGGGGGUGGGGCCUGCAUAUUGAAGACAAGUCAACUGUGUUUGGGACGGCGCUAAGCUACAUUUCUUUGAGGAUUCUUGGGGUUGAUCCUGAUGACCCGGAUAUGGUUCGAGCUAGAAGCAACCUGCACGACAAAGGUGGUGCAGUGGGUAUCCCUUCCUGGGGUAAAUUCUGGUUGGCCAUUCUGAAUGUGUACAGCUGGGAAGGCAUGAACACCCUUCUGCCAGAGAUGUGGCUGUUCCCCGCAUGGAUGCCGGCGCACCCCUCCACCUUGUGGUGUCACUGUCGACAAGUGUACCUGCCCAUGAGCUACUGCUACGCUGUCAGACUCGCUGCGCAGGAGGAUCCCUUAAUUCUCAGUCUACGACAGGAGCUGUACGUUCAGGACUACUCCACGAUUGACUGGCCAGCCCAGAGGAGCAACGUUGCACCCUGUGAUAUGUAUACUCCUCACAGCACCCUGCUCACCGUAGCAUACUUGGUAAUGAAUGUGUAUGAGGCCCAUCACAGCUCCUAUAUGAGAGAGAAGGCCGUGAAGGAGCUCUAUGACCACAUUCAGGCGGACGAUCGCUUCACCAGGUGCAUCAGCAUUGGGCCGAUCUCCAAAACUAUCAACAUGUUGGUACGGUGGUAUGUGGAAGGACCAACCUCACCUGCCUUCCAGGAACACGUGUCCAGGAUAGCAGACUAUCUCUGGAUUGGUCUUGAUGGAAUGAAGAUGCAGGGGACCAAUGGCUCCCAAUUGUGGGACACUGCCUUUGCUGUUCAAGCAUAUCUGGAGGCUGGAGCGCAGGAUAGCCCGGCGUUUGUUGAAACCCUCACACAUGCCCACAACUUUCUCGAAGUCACACAGAUAAAAGACAAUCCUCCUGAUUAUGAGAAGUACUAUCGUCAAAUGAACAAGGGUGGUUUCCCCUUUAGCACCAGAGAUUGCGGCUGGAUCGUGGCCGACUGCACUGCCGAGGGCCUGAAGUCAGUGAUGCUGCUGCAGGAGCAGUGCCCCUUCAUCACCAACAGCGUCCCAAAGGAGAGACUCUUUGAUGCUGUUAAUGUGCUCCUAAACAUGAGGAACUCUGAUGGGGGGUUUGCCACCUAUGAGACCAAACGUGGGGGGAGAUUGCUGGAGCUACUGAACCCCUCUGAGGUGUUUGGUGAUAUUAUGAUUGACUACACGUAUGUGGAAUGCACAUCAGCUGUGAUGCAGUCUCUGAGGCACUUCCAGCAUGCCUACCCACAGCACAGGCCAGACGAGAUCAGGUCUACUCUGGAGGAGGGACUGGAGUACUGCAUGAGAGUGCAGAGACCUGAUGGAUCGUGGGAAGGGUCGUGGGGGGUCUGUUUCACUUAUGGCGUUUGGUUUGGCCUGGAGGCGUUCGCUUGCAUGGGUCAUACCCUCCUGGAGAAGCCGGCGCGUGCGGAGGUGCAGCGAGCCUGCGACUUCCUGCUGGCCAAGCAGAUGGAGGACGGGGGCUGGGGCGAGGACUUUGAGUCAUGCGAGCAACGCCGCUACGUCCAGAGCGAGAACUCGCAGAUCCACAACACCUGCUGGGCCCUGCUAGGGCUGAUGGCUGCCAGUUACCCAGAUGUCAGAGCCAUUGAGCGAGGAGUAAAGGUCCUCGUCGACAGGCAGAUGCCCAAUGGAGACUGGCCACAGGAGAACAUCUCUGGGGUGUUUAACAAGAGCUGCGCUAUAAGCUACACCUCCUACAGGAACGUGUUCCCGGUGUGGACCCUGGGCCGCUUCUCACGCCUGUACCCCUCCAGUCCCCUGGCCGGGAAAGUCAAGCUGUGAGGGCUCGGCAGUCACCACCAACACAGCAGGACCACAGAGGGAGAGCCGUGGUGGCGAGCUGCUCCUCGUCAAAACAAACCUUUUGCUGCUACAGAAGGAAUAGGGUACCGUUUAAAAAAAAAAAAAAAAGACAAAUGUCUUAGACCAGACAGUGAUGAGCAUUUCUUACUCUUCAAAUCCAGACAUUAUGCUUCUGGACAUUUUGUCUUUUAAAUGUUUUGAAAAGGUGAUUAAAUGUAAUU